CCCCUCCACUCCUACAUCAGCCUCAAUAUCAGCAGCAGCAGAAGAAGUAGCUGCUUCUAGUACAAGGCUCACACAAGAGAACUGCACUGCAUCUUUAAAUGCUAACACAGCCGCUCUCUUCUUCAGGCUUGGCUUAGCAUUGGGCCAAACAGUAGGGGUGCAUCUUUCACUGCUUAAAGUUGGGAGGAGGGAAUUGGCUCCCUUUCGUUUCUUCCUCAUUAUCCGUGCCUAUGGAUACCAACGUAAAUAAGGGACUCCUUUCAUCAGGCUUGGCAAUGUAAUUGCAAACACGCAAGAGCAUCCCUUCUGAAACAGGGGAAAGAGCAGAUGUGGCUGCCCAGAUAUACGCUAUGUUUUUAAGAUAGCGAUUUCUUUUCCAUACAGAAAGAAAAAAAAACCCAGCCAAGGAGGGAAAGGAUCAUCUUUUGUCUUUUUUUCUACUCUUGGCAAAUAAUGAGCCUUGGUUUGACCUAACAAUGCUUCCGAUAUCGCACUCAUUCUCUCAUUCCCCCGUAGCCCCUAACAAUGCUUGCUUCUCCUCUAUCCACUUGGAAGGAAAACAAUCGUCGCUUUUUGGAUCUAGACAAUAGGAGCUGAUGUCAUUUUUAGUCAUAUCAGUUUUUUUUCCAUCUUAAUAUUGGUCGUCUUUUUUUUUUUUUUUUUUUUUGCUUCUGGAAUUAUUCCUGGAAUAUUUUCCAAACAUCACCGGAAGAAAAACAGGAGGAAUGAACCGGCAACUGGUCAAAAUUCUGACAGCCUUACUUGCAUUCAUUUUUCAGACUAAUAAAUUCAGGACGGCUUUUUGCAAAGAGUAUGAACCCAGGUCUGGGAAAUCUCCCCCUAUGUCUCCUUCAGAUUUUUUGGAUAAAUUAAUGGGCAGGACAUCAGGCUAUGAUGCUAGAAUCAGGCCAAACUUUAAAGGUCCCCCUGUAAAUGUUACCUGCAACAUAUUUAUCAACAGCUUUGGUUCUAUAGCAGAAACUACAAUGGACUACAGAGUAAACAUUUUUUUGAGGCAAACAUGGAAUGAUCCACGACUUUCAUAUAGUGAAUACCCAGAUGAUUCUUUGGAUUUGGACCCUUCCAUGUUGGAUUCUAUUUGGAAGCCUGAUUUAUUCUUUGCCAAUGAGAAAGGAGCUAACUUUCACGAUGUUACCACAGACAACAAAUUACUGCGGAUAUUUAAGAACGGGAAUGUGCUUUACAGUAUCAGGUUAACUCUGACCUUGUCAUGUCCGAUGGACCUGAAGAAUUUCCCAAUGGAUGUACAGACCUGUGCGAUGCAACUAGAGAGCUUUGGUUACACAAUGAAUGACCUUAUAUUUGAAUGGCUGAGCACUAGCCCUGUGCAAGUUGCUGAUGGUUUGACUUUGCCACAGUUUAUACUGAAAGAAGAAAAUGAACUCGGCUAUUGCACUAAACACUACAACACAGGAAAAUUUACAUGUAUUGAAGUUAAAUUUCACCUGGAGCGCCAAAUGGGCUAUUACCUGAUUCAGAUGUAUAUCCCUAGCCUGCUGAUUGUCAUAUUAUCGUGGGUAUCUUUCUGGAUAAAUAUGGAUGCAGCUCCUGCUCGAGUGGCUUUGGGUAUUACAACUGUACUGACAAUGACCACACAGAGCUCAGGAUCAAGAGCCUCGCUUCCAAAGGUAUCCUAUGUGAAAGCUAUUGACAUCUGGAUGGCCGUGUGCCUUUUGUUUGUGUUUGCCGCUCUCUUGGAAUACGCAGCAGUGAAUUUCGUCUCAAGGCAGCACAAGGAAUUCCUAAGACUCCGCAGGAGGCAGAAAAGGCAAAGCAAGGAAGAAGAUUUAGUCCGAGAGAGCCGAUUUAACUUUAGUGGAUAUGGGAUGGGCCACUGUCUGCAAGUCAAAGACGGCACAGCAGUUAAAACAGCUCCUCCCAACCCCCCUCCAGCUCAACCAAAAGAUGCAGACUCCAUCAAAAAGAAAUUUGUUGAUCGUGCAAAAAGGAUUGACACAAUAUCUCGGGCUGCCUUCCCGUUGACCUUCCUCAUUUUUAACAUCUUUUAUUGGAUUACAUAUAAAAUCAUAAGGCAUGAGGAUGUGCACAAAAAAUAAAAUGCUGUAUUAAUUGAAAAACUGAGAGAAAUAAACUGUUGAUAUAAACUGUGGAAAAACAAUUCAGAAUCUGACUGGUUUUAUACCACCUAUUCUUCUAAGGACUUCUAAGAAAGUUAGAACUUUGAAGAACUUUGGAUGAUAAAGAAAGACUCCAUCUGACAGCCAACGCCGUCUGUUUACGCUUCCCAUGAACUUUAUUGGAAAUGGGGCCAAUUUAACCGACACUGCCACCGAAGAUCUUUUUCAGAAAAACUCACAAAAAUGUGUAAGAAAGACGUCUCAUUUUGUCACACCACAUAGUAAGGGUUACCAUUGUGAUAGCUAAAGGUGGCCAUACACGGGCAGAUUAAAGCUGCCGAUAUCGACCCUUUAGACCAAUUCGGCAUCUUAUCUUCCGGGUCUUCCCGAUCGAUAUCUGGCCACGAUAUCUUUCGGAAGGUUUAGUUUUUCCGGCGAUUGACCUGUUGAAGCCCAUUGCUCCUCGUUGUAAUCUGAUUGCUCGGCCCUAGGGCCCAAUGUUCGUAAUAUAGCCCUACGUUGGUGGGCAUAUCGGGGAAAGAUCCACUCGUCUGGCAAUGUAACCAAACAAGCGGAUCUUACAGUGUAUGGUCAUCUUAAAUGCUGGUUAAAAAAAAAACAUUUAUGAGAUGAGGACCAAAUUUUCUAAUCUGAGAGGACCAAAUUUUCUAAUCUGAGAGAAAAUCGAAUUUACAUUCCUUCACAGUGUUAGUAUAUCCAGUGUUGCACCAAAAGGUUCCUUUGUGCUGUAACUUCUUUCUACUUCUGCAUAAACAUAUAAAUACAUAUAAAAAUUUCUACUUUGCUAUCUUUGUGAGCGUGAUUUAGAAGACAAUGACUGGUUUUAUCAUACCAGUAAUAUCUGGAUUUAUCUUAUGUACUCUGUGAUUUCUUUGACAGUCAACACUUUUUUCAGAUACAACUAUCUACCCUAAUAGUUUCUUCUUUCUUUAUUUUCUCUGCUGUGCGCUGGAUCUAAGGUAUCAACUACUGUUUUUAAAUGAACCAUAAGGUACCAAACUCUAACCUACCAGUUAAGUUAAUCUUCUGCGCUGAUUCUGCUGAUCAAGUUUCUUUAUAAAUAAUAGUUCUUUUUGAUUAUUUCUGAAAUGGCGUAGCUCAAUCUAGCAUUGUCACUGGCGUUAACAUAGCUGCAGGUAUUAACUCCACUGAAGAGUACCAAAAGUUUUUUACAGACCUAAGAUUUAUAGCUUUUCGGAAUUUAUUCUUAAAAUGACAGCCAUUUUUAAAUAACAUUGAUUAUUUUGAGAAUUUUGAACACUGAGCUAUGGUUUUCAUAUCGUAAUCCCAACCUUGGAAUGGCACACUUGAACUGGUCAGGUCCUUGAUACAUAUUUUAAAUUGUGAUAUACAAUGAAUUUUUAAGUCUACAGGAAGUCCUGUGAAAUCUAACAAGGUAAUACAAUUUUGCACUUGUGGUACAGCAUUUUCUUUACAAGAUAUCUGUUCAAUUUCAAUAAAGUUUAUGUGAUAGAGUA